AUGGUGUUGACAGUUCUCACCGAUGACCAGAUCAAGGCCAUCUUGGCCGAUCUGACGGCUGAUGAGUUUGAAGGCUUUAGAAGAAUUCUCUCGCAGGCUCUUCACGAGUAUUCAACAAACACCCACAACAUUGAGGAUGGCACCUACCACCAACCUGAUCGCCUCAAGACGGAAAACCUCAAGACCGGCGCUACGACACUGUAUAUGCCAUCAAUCGGGCCUCAGGGCAUGGGAUGCAAAGUCGUGACCCUCAGUUCUGGAAAAGCAUCUGAGGACCCCUCAAAGCAGCGCAUCCAACCAACCGGCGCCGUAACACUUCUUUCACCAGAAGGCCAGCCCAUCGGCUUCCUUCACGCAAAGACUCUUACAGCCUUCCGCACCGCUCUCUCCUCAACUUGCCUCCUCGCCCGUCGGGGUCAGGUUAAGACGGUAACCUGUUUCGGCGUCGGCCUCCAAGCCUACUGGCACGUCCGACUGGCGCUUUUGAUCCGUGGCUCGACCAUCAAGCAGGUUAACAUAAUCAAUCGCCGUUUUUCAGACCAGGCGCGCGUGUUCCUUAAGCAGUUUUACCAUGUGCCGGCGCACAUCAAGGAACGCGAAGGUUGGGCUGACACGUCUUUCAGCAUCUUGACGCCUGGAUAUGGCGAAUUCCGGAGAUUGCAACGGGAACAGAUUCGGGAUGCGGAUGUGGUGUACUGCUGCACACCCUCAACCGAGGACCUCUUUGAGGCGGAGGUGCUGACAAGUCAUGAGGGUAGAAGGAAAGGAAGACUGAUUGCGGCCAUUGGCAGUUAUACGCCGCAAAUGAGAGAGUUGCCCGAAGGGCUACUUCUACAGGCCACCAAGCAUGAGAAGCCGCAUUGGCAUUUUCAUAAGCAUGCGCCUGAGGGUGGCGUGGUCGUUGUCGACACCCUAGACGGGGCGUUGAAGGAGGCGGGAGAAAUCAUUUCGGCAGGGCUGCAGCCGACGCAGCUUGUUGAACUUGGCGAGCUGAUUAUGCUCCGCCGCAUGCGCGAAGAAGCAGAAGAGGCGGAGGCGGGAGCGGAGACCGAAGGCGAUACGGCAAGUAUUGCACCUUCGGAGCUCGACAAGCUCGACUUUUCUGGCACACCAUCCAUCAAAUCCGCUUUCGCCAAUUCAGAUCGUGACUCACGGUCUUCUAUCAGCAAGGACUCCACUAACAGCAGCAAGGGAUCGCCACAUUUGUUCCGCCGGAGUUCAAGCCAGUCUUCGAGCGAGAAGCACAAGAAAGAGGAUGCGCUGGCGCGAUGGCUCCGGGACGGGACGGUCAUCUACAAGAGUGUUGGUUUAGGUCUAAUGGAUCUUGCGGUAGGCAUGCACUUGGUUGAACUUGCCAAGGAGAAGGGCAUCGGAACACGUGUAGAAGGAUUCUAG